GCACGAACGUGUCGAUUUCAUUAUUUCUUACAUCCUUUAUUUUACUCUCUGUAUCAUUUAAUUUAUCAUUCACUCCUCAUUUUUAGUUUGAUUGAAAGAACUGAGGAAUGGCUUUUAUAAAUGAACGAAUGGCGAAGAAGCGCGAGUGUAUAUCGAUACAUAUUGGCCAAGCGGGAGUGCAAAUGGGAAAUGCUUGCUGGGAGUUGUAUUGUCUGGAGCACGGAAUUCAACCCGAUGGCCACAUGCCAACCGAUGAGACAUCCACCAGGAGAGACGAUUCCUUCGGCACAUUUUUCUCGGAGAGUGACACCGGCAAGCAUGUCCCCAGGGCUGUUUUCGUUGAUUUGGAACCGACUGUUGUAGAUGAGGUGAGAACAGGCACAUACAGACAACUAUUUCACCCUGAACAAUUAAUAACCGGAAAAGAAGACGCAGCGAACAAUUACGCUCGGGGUCAUUACACAAUUGGAAAGGAAAUAGUUGACCUAACACUGGAUCGAAUUCGUAGACUAGCAGAGCAAUGUCGUGGCCUCCAGGGCUUCCUCAUAUUCCAUUCGUUCGGAGGUGGCACUGGCUCUGGAUUCUCCAGUUUACUCAUGGAGAGGCUCUCCGUUGAAUAUCCCAAGAAGAGUAAACUCACCUUCAGCAUUUAUCCAGCCCCCCAGGUGUCCACUGCCGUUGUCGAGCCAUACAAUGCCAUUCUUUACACACAUCCCACCCUUGAACACUGUGAGGUGGCAUUUAUUGUCGAUAAUCAGGCAAUUUAUGAACUCUGUAGAAGAAAUUUGAGCAUUGAGAGGCCAACGUAUACUAAUUUAAACAGACUCAUCGGCCAAAUAGUUUCGUCUAUAACUGCUAGUUUGCGAUUCGAUGGUGCUCUCAACGUCGACCUCACAGAAUUUCAAACGAAUUUGGUGCCGUAUCCUCGAAUUCACUUCCCAUUGGCCACGUAUGCUCCAGUUCUGUCGGUGGAUAAAGCCGGUCACGAGAGGUCAACAGUUGCGGAUAUUACAGCAUCAUGUUUCGAACCGAAUCAUCAAAUGGUUAAUUGCGAUCCCAGGCGGGGCAAAUAUAUGGCGGUAUGCAUGCUCUAUCGGGGGGAUGUGGUUCCUAAGGAUGUUAAUUAUGCUAUUGCCAUGAUCAAGAAGCAGAAGCACGUGCAAUUCGUUGAGUGGUGUCCUACCGGUUUCAAAGUAGGAAUUAAUUAUCAACCACCUACAGUAGUCCCUGGAGGUGAUUUAGCUCGAACUGAAAGAGCUGUUUGUUGCUUAUGCAAUACAACUGCAAUCGUCGAAGCCUGGGCGAGAAUUGAUCAUAAAUUUGACCUCAUGUACUCGAAAAGAGCUUUUGUGCACUGGUUCGUCGGUGAAGGAAUGGAAGAGGGAGAAUUCUCCGAGGCUCGAGAGGACUUAGCAGCUCUCGAGUUAGACUACCGCGAAGUUCAAGAAGACACUGUCCAAACCGAGGACGACGAGUACUAAAUUUAUCACCAAAAAGUCCAGUAUGUGCAACAAGAAAUUUCCCCUAUGCAAGCUCUCUGAAUUCCACAAUUCUGCAGCAUUAAUUAUAACUCGAAUUAUGAUCCAUAUCCCAUUAAUUAUUUCAAGUGAACACGCGGCGUGAGAGCUGCUCACAGUUUUCCGAGAUUUAUCGUGUAAAUUUGAUUAAAUUACUUUUAAAACGUG